AUCAGAUUGAGAUUGCUGCUCUAGGCCGGCCUUUUGCCUUAGGAAUGCUCUAUGAUGCUCGCAAAGAUCAGCUGAUAACAGGAGUUUCAGUGGGUGGAGUUAUGAGGAUAUAAGAACACCUGCCCAGUCAGACAAGUGAAGAAAGCUUCAGCACACCUUCACUGAAGAACUCAUCUCCACCAGAUCUGAGACAUGUCCUCACAUCAGAUUGAGAUUGCUGCUCUAGGCCGGCCUUUUGCCUUGGGAAUGCUCUAUGAUGCCCGCAAAGAUCAGCUGAUAACAGGUUUCAGUCUGUGUGAUAUAGAAACAAUCAAGAAGAACUCCUCCACUAAGGCUCAGAACAGCAGUUCCUAUCAUGUCACUGCAUCUGACUCCUUUGAAUCCAAGUCUUCUCUGCUGGACGUCAAUGUGUCACUUAAAGCCAGUGUCCUGGGUGGUCUAGUUGAGUUUGGAGGCUCUGCCAGUUAUCUGAAUGACACAAAGAGAUUCAAGAACCAGAGCAGAAUCACCCUUCAGUACAAAGCCACAACUACAUAUGAACACCUGUCUCUCUCUCAUCUUCAAAAGACGGACCUAGAUGCUGGAGGUUAUAAACCAAAUCUCAGUGCAACACAUGUAGUGACAGGCAUACUCUAUGGAGCCAAUGCCUUUUUUGUCUUUGACAGCGAGAAGUUAGAUUCCAGCAGUCUGCAGAAGAUUGGCGCCAGUGCAGAAGUUGCUAUUAAAAAGAUUCCAUCCUUUAGCUUUGAGGCAAAAGUCAAAGUAGAACUCAGUGAGGAAGAAAAAGCUGUAACCAAUAAGUUCUCCUGCAAAUUCUAUGGAGACCUAAUUCUUGAUAAGAACCCUGCAACGUUUGAAGAUGCAGUGAAGACGUAUUCCAGGCUUCCAGAGCUCCUUGGAAAAAGUGGAGAAAACUCAGUUCCUAUUAAAGUCUGGCUGACUCCUCUGAAGGAUCUGGAUCUAUCUGCAUCAGAGCUGAUGGGUGAAAUUUCUGUUGGUUUGGUCAGAAAAAUCACCAAUACUCUGGAAAGUAUCAGUGAAAUGGAAAUGAGAUGCAAUGAGGCUCUGGACGAGAAAGUGGUGGAAAGUUUACCACUGCUUCACAAAAAGUUCAGACGCUUCCAAGAUCUCUGCACUGACUGCACAACAAUGCUCAGACAGACCAUCCAGAAGAUGAUUCCCCUGAUUCGUGAAGGUAAAACAGAUGAAAAAUCAGUAGAGAAACUCCUUGAUGACCACAAAAACUCUCCAUUCAGUGAGGAACACUUAGAUAAGUGGUUAGAUAACGCAGAGAGAGAAGUCAACAUUAUCAGGUCAUGUGUGGACAUCAUGGAGGGAGUCAGUAUUGUCCCAGGUGAGUCUGACUUGGACAGAGUAGCUCUGUCUGCAGGAGUAGAAAGUGCUCUCUGCUAUGUUUUCACCUCUGUGGAAACUGAUGACCCCUUCACUCAGCAGAUGACCAGCUAUCUGAGCAGAGACACGGCAGCACCCCCACCCAGCGUCAUUCCACCCACCAAAGACCACUGGUUCUUCUCAAAUGAUGUUGUGACCAGCAUGAGGACAAAAGCCAGUGAGUUCUACACGGUGGCCAAAAACCUGAAAAGCAUCAGAAGAUUUCGUUUCCUUGUAGCAGCUCUGCCAAAUGACAAAUUCAAAGGAGCAACCAUCUACCAAUACAGGGAUGGCCUUCUGAAGACGCAGGAUUUCUCAAAACCUCCUAUUACUGAUGUUCCAGAAAAGUUAGAUCGAAAAGACCUCCUCUACUACUACUGUGAUCUUACCUUGGACCUAAAUACAGCCUCUGACUCACUCCAUCUUUCUGAGGGAAACAAGAAGGCAACAUGCACAGAUGAGAAACCUACAACCAACGUAGUUCCUCAUGUUCUGAGCAGAGAAAGUCUGACCGGCCGUCAUUACUUUGAGGUCACUUGGGGCGCAGAGAUGAACAGAUCCAAAGGCGUGAUUAUGAAAUUUAAAUACGGCCUUUUGCCCUCCUGA